AUUUCGCGCCCAAAGCUCAGAAUUACAUGAGCUUUGCGCGAGCUUCAGCCCUUCGUUUUUCCUGCUGACGCGCCUUGACGUCGACCAGUAGAGCACGCGACUUCGAAUCGAACAGAAGGGCGAUAGUUAUACGAUGUCUAAUCACCGGCUCCCUAUGUUUACCUCCGCGGUUAUGUUGACGUUGUUGACAAUUUUCAACGGUGCUGCUGCUAGAGCGGUGAACAUCAGCAACACGUGGAUGCUACCGGAAGAGGAUUUUCCGGUGUUUUACCGAUACUUCCGAGACCGCAUAUCUUGGUAUGAGGCAGAUGCAGUGUGCCAAUUCCACCAUGCCAACCUUGUUACUGCUGAUACAUCUUCUCAAUACGAUGCCAUAAGAGCGUACCUGAAGGAAUUGGACAUAACAGACAAUGUUUGGAUUGGUUUAUCUAAGAAGUCAGAGAAUUCCGAAUUCACUUGGUCGGAUUCAAGGAUGCUGAGCAACGAAGGCCACUGGUUCGAGUCCAUCCCGCUGGGAGGAGAGCCCCUCUGUGUCACCAUGGAUCCGACGGCUGAUUUUUUGUGGAAACCGUAUUCUUGCGGAGGAUCGGAAGCCGCCUCUUUCAUCUGCGAGUUGCCAGUCCCCUCUUGGGCGUUGGGACAGAAAGGUUGCCUCCUCACGGAGCUGCCCUCCCUGACCGUCCUGUACAUUCCCGAACAAAUGGCCCUGGAAUUGACAUCUGAUUGCGGCCUGGAUGGCACCAAACGAAUCACGUGUAAAGGAAACGCAGACCGAGAAGAAAUCCUGAAGCAGCUUACUUGCGCCAUCUCCAAUGAGGAUGACUUCGACGAUAAGGUGUCCCCAAAAGUUUCCGUUUCUCCUGUUACAUCAGUGACUUCGGAAGUUACCGAAUCCUCUGCUGAUGAAUCUUCAGCUGGAUCAAAGACGACAAGGUCAUGGAUGUGGACCUCGAACACCGUGGAUGGCUACGAGAUGUCCACAAGGCACAGGCGGGAGACGGAAGAUCCUUUAAGUCCUUCUGAAACCACAAUUUAUUACAGGAAAUUGGACGUUACGGAACCGAUAGCCGCAGUGCAUGUCUCCACCGACUCGAGUUACGAUGGCGAGGUUGCAAGCACAAUUACAUCAGAAGAUCCAUUCACGAUAAUCUUCAAAGAAUCCAGCCAAAAGCUAAAAGCUGACAGCCAAGGAGAAAAACCAUCAGUUGAAUCAAUAUUUGAAAACACCCCAAGCACAAAUGACACCAAGAUAUUUUUUGAAGACAGCUCCACCAUGUCUCCUGAGAACAUAACCAUGGUUGCAGAUCAGAAAAUGGCAGAGGCACGAAAUGAUGAUAUAGGAGAAUAUCCUAGCGCCAUCAGCCAGGGUCAACUUUUCAGCAUAAUCGAAAAUGGUACAAUGUUCGAUAUCAUAGAGCUCAACGAUACAGGUAUUGAAGAAGCCAAAUCCACGAAGGUUUCACCAUCAUCAAAGGAAUUCUCUUUCUCCGAUUCAAAAGUCACUUCGUCGUCGCCAUUGACUUCCACAUCAACACAAGAAAACAAGACUUAUUCCACCACCGUGGCUUACUACAAAGAGGCCCCUCCAGAAUCCACCAGAGUCACGAAUAAAUCCUCCAAAAAAUUCGACAGAAAGUCAAAAAUCGAGUACUACAAAAAAUCCGACCCCAAAAAAAUCAACUUCCAGUCUGAGAAGGAGCAGCGCAAAAAGAAAGAGGAAAAAUUAGAUGGUCAGAGCACGAACCAUGAAGAAUUCGAUCAAGACUUGAACAAGGAAGUGGAAAUGUUUCCGGUAAUCGCAUCAGGGGGUCCAUUAGUCAAGCUCAACAGGACCCAUCGAAAAGAAUUGCCUUUAAUUGAUGAAAGUGAACGAGAAUUCUUUGAUGAAAACCCUGUUGUCGAGCUCAAUCAGGACAUAGACGGGAACAACAGGAUGGGAUACGUCGAGGAAAGUAAACACGUAGAAAUACAGAUGCAAAAAAAGCAAGACACGAAUUCCAGCGAUGUUUUCAUCGUAACGACGAAGUUCCUUGACGAGAAACUCGGUCGAAAAAACUUCCAUCACAAUGAAUCAACGACAACUUUUUCAGAACGGCAUAAUGAAACGUCACAGCAAGAUAAAGUCCCAUUGUCUGGAAGGAAUAAUAAAUUCGAGGAUGAUAAAUCUUCCACUGUUCCAAAUGAACCCGAAUCAGUUUCAAGCACAUCGGCUGAUGUCCUUAUCGACCCUAAAAUAGACCUUUUGAACAAAAACAGCUCUAGAAACAAUGACAGUGAGGCUGUACAAACCGGCACGGAUGUAGAAAAAGCUGAACCAGCCCAGGGCCAGGAGGAGAUAAUGUCGAAAUCUCUUUUGGGGGAAAUAGAGGCGAUAACUGAUGACGUGAUUGAAAACAAAACCUCCGAAAUGGGAAACCCCACUUCUGAACCAUUAAACUCCGAGCCCUUCUCCCCCAAGCUAGCCAACAGAAGGAGGAAACUGACGAACACAAAGCGGCGUUCCUUCUAUCCCUACUACUUCAGCAGGGUGUUAGGUUGAAAAGAUUGUGAUAGGUCUGGUUUGAAUUAGGUCUGUAUAGAUAAGUCUAUGUUCUCUCGGAAGCAGCACAUGUUUAUCUUAGACUCCUAUUCUAAUUGUUAUGUUUGAAGAGUGCCGAGGUGGAAGUCUUGCGAGUUUGUUGAUGAUUGUUGGAGUUCUUAGAGUUCAGUUGUCUGUCAAAUUAGAGUCAUAUAAUGUUGAGAUCUUACUAUAGCACUAAGCGUUUUGUAGGCAACCUUGGUUAAAUUAUGAAAUAGAUGUGAUGUUAUUCUUAUGAUGCUGUUGAGGUUAAGAAGAAUCUAAUCUAAUUAUUGGUAAGAAUGAAUGUGAAAAUGCAAAAUUUUUAUAUGGAUACCUAAAUGAAAUUUGGAAAUUGUUUUGGAAGAGGCAGAAGACUUGAAUAAAAGUUAAUCAAAUAUCAACAUUCAUGUCUUCAAUGAACAACAAGGUUUUAUUCAAAAUAUACAGUCAAUGAAUUGAAAUAAAUGUAAUUUGUUCAUUAUGGUUGAAGAAAUGAGAUUUUCCAAUUUGCCUGUCUCUGGUAGAAAAUCUCAUUUCGAAAGAAGAAUUAGGUUAACAAGCAUCGAAAUAGAUCCAUUACUUUCUAUCGAUUGAAAAUGCAAUUGAUUAUACCUUGAUUCACUGCCAAACUAAUCGAUUAGGCCAAAUUAAACAAGAUAUAAUCAAUUUUUUCUUGUAUGUAUGUUAUCUCUGUCUUAUGAUAAAAGCACAAAAUCUUAUAAAUGAAAUAAACAAGCACAUCAGUGAAAACAUGAAUACCCACUAAAGCUAUUGCUUAGAAUUUCAUGUAAUGUAUUCAUAAAUGUGCCAUCAAAUUUAGUUGUAGUUUUUAUGUUACAGUAGCAAGUUCAUUCUGUUCUAAAUAAUGUGCCAUCGGAGUUUUUUCCAGAAAGUGAAACAACAGAUAAUUAAGAAGAGUAAUUAAUAUCUCAUUAAAUACUACUUGAGAAAGUUGUCUCUGAAAGCUUUAUUGAAUGUUAAUAUACAUAAUAUGAUCGCUCAUUUUGCAAUUAAGAUCCAUUGUAUGGUAGGUAUAUUGCACGAAAAAUAUUUUUGUCGUGGUUACAUGAUCAUCAAUUUGUAAAAUUGUUUUCAUUAAUUUAAGCCAUCUUGUAGGAAUAUUAUAUUAUUUAUCUUCUCGAACUGUCCCUUCGCUUCCCGUCCUAUUACUGUACUCUACUGUCAAUAUGACAUAUGCAUAUAGAUCUGCUAUGUUAUGACCCGAUUAAGAAAUGUAUUUUGCACGAAAUUGUUUAUUGUUCUCCGUUAUAGAUGAAGGAGACAUAUACUCCGAUGUGCUAAUAAAAUUUUCUGAUAAA